UCGUCUCGCGCGCACCUAUUAGGGCUGCAAUAUUUCCGAUAUCACCUGAAGGCAGCAGCGGCAUGCCACUUCACCUGAACAGUUGUGGAGAAGAGGAGCGAGGUAAACCGUAGCCUACAGCUCUGCUGUGCCGAGCCACCAUGUGCGAAGACGCUUGAGCGGAGGAAAAAAAAAAGGAUUCUGGGAGAGACUGAACAGGAAUAAAGAGACGGAUCCGCAGGCACAGAAGCCUCCCUCGUCUGAGAGAUGCUCGAAACAAAUAUUUACCCAAAACAGCCAGGAUUUAUGUGAAAGGAAGUUUGGAGUGACAGCCAGCGAUUGUCUAGUUCGGCUGGUGGUUCUGUGAAGCUCAAGGUACGAUAAUGGGGAAGCGCUUGGCUCCGCUGCUUGUGCUGCUUGUGCAGCUCUUCUGUGGCUGUGCAGGGAAGCAAAGGGUGGCGCGGUCCCCCUCCAUGCAGUUCACCCACUCUGUUUACAAUGCCACCAUAUACGAGAACUCUGCUGCUAAGACUUACUUAGAGAGUCACACCAAGAUGGGGAUCUAUAUCACAGACCCGGCAUGGGAGGUACGGUACAAAAUCAUCUCGGGAGACAAUGAGAACUUAUUCAAAGCAGAGGACUACAUGCUGGGAGAUUUCAGUUUUUUGCGGAUAAGGACCAAAGGAGGCAGCACUGCCAUUCUGAACCGGGAGGUGAAAGACCACUACGUGCUUACCGUCAAGGCGUCAGAGAGGAACACCAAUUUAGAGUGUCGCACCAGAGUUAAGGUGCAGGUACUGGACACCAAUGAUCUGAGGCCUCUGUUCUCGCCGACAUCCUACAGCAUCUCUCUGCCAGAGAACACGGCCAUACGCACGAGUGUGGCCAAGGUCACGGCAACUGAUGCAGACAUCGGUACGAAUGGAGAAUACUACUAUAGUUUCCGAGAGUGGACUGACAUGUUUGCGGUUCACCCGACGAGCGGCGUGGUGACACUGACCGGCAAACUGGACUACUCCGAGACAAAGCUGUACGAGCUGGAGAUCCUUGCAGUCGACCGAGGGAUGAAGCUGUAUGGCAGCAGCGGUUUCAGUAGCAUGGCCAAGCUCACGGUCAGAGUGGAGCAGGCCAAUGAGCACGCGCCGGUAAUUAUUGCGGUAACCCUGGCCCCCUCCGACGCGGACCACGAUCCCACGUAUGCCAUUGUGACGGUGGAAGACAACGACCAGGGACCAAACGGAGAGAUAGCAUCUUUGAGCAUUGUGGCCGGCGACCCCCUGCAGCAGUUCAAGGCUGUAAGAACCAGUCCUGGGAGCAAGGAGUAUAAAAUAAAAGCAGUCAAAGAGGUUGACUGGGACAGCCAGCCUUUUGGAUACAACCUCACUUUACAGGCGAAGGACAAAGGCAGCCCUCCUCAGUUUUCAUCCGCUAAACUGGUGCAUGUCACUUCUGCACUGUUCAAAGCGGGCCCUCCCAUUUUCGAGAAGGCGGUGUACAGAGUCAAUCUGAGUGAAUUUGCCCCUAUUCACACUCCUGUCACUAUGGUAACAGCUGUGCCAAAGUAUCCACAGCUAAAAUAUGCUUUCAGAAACAAAGCUGACAAGAACAUGUUUACCAUCAAUCCGGACACGGGGUUAAUCAGUACCGCCGGACCAAUCAAUGCUGACAUUUCCUCCCAGUUCGUGCUAGAUGUCAUCACCAGUGACAAAAAAGCGGCGACCAAAGUGAUCAUUGACGUCGUCGAUGUAAAUAACAAUGCACCUGAGUUCCAGCAGACAUCUUACAAGGCCACUGUUGACGAGAACGUACCCAUAGGGACCAGUGUGGUAACUGUUAAAGCCACUGAUCUAGACAAAGGGGAGAAUGGCUAUGUGACCUACAGCAUUACUAAUGUGAGUCCCCAGCCGUUUGUCAUCGACUACUUUACUGGUGUCAUAAAUACCUCAGAGGUCCUAGAUUAUGAGCUCAUGCCUAGGAUUUAUAGUCUCAAAGUCAGGGCAUCAGAUUGGGGAUCCCCUUUCCGGAGAGAGGUAGAGGCAUCGGUCACCAUAACAUUAAAUAACCUGAAUGACAAUAAGCCGUUGUUUGAAAAUGUAGACUGUGAAGUAACUGUGCCGAGAGAUCACGGCGUGGGAGAACAGAUAACAACAGCAUCUGCCAUAGACGCUGAUGAGCUGCAGCUUGUACGGUACUAUAUCAAAGCGGGAAAUGAUCUCGAUCUGUUUGAACUGAACCCAAACUCUGGCAUACUUUCACUGAAGCACACGCUGAGCGAGGGAGAGGCAGCUAAAGUCUCCUUUCAUAGUUUACAAAUCAUUGCAACCGACGGUGAACAGGAGACUCGGCCCAUGUACAUGAACAUAUCCGUCGUCACGGCGCGCAAGCCCGUCCAGUUAAAGUGUGUCGAAACCGGAGUCGCUACGAUGCUGGCUGAAAAGCUGCUGCAGGGCAGCAAAAUCCACACGCAGACUGAGCCGGAUGACAACUUUAUGGACAUUCACUCGGUCAACCGGUACACUCCUGAGUUUGAAGAGUCUUUUCCAAGUGCCAUUGAAGUGAAAGAGGACCUCCCUGUUGGGGCCCGGAUCGUCCAUCUAAGUGCCACAGAUGCAGACAGUGGCUUCAAUGGGAAACUGGUCUAUGUUAUUUCAGGGGGAGACACAGAAAGCCGCUUCAUAGUAGACAUGGAAACUGGUUGGCUUUUGAUUUAUUCCCCUCUUGAUCGGGAAACUAACGACCAUUACACCCUCAACAUCACCGUUUAUGAUCUCGGAAUACCACAGAAAUCUACAUCUCGCCUCUUGGAUGUUAAAGUUAUCGACGCCAACGACAACAGCCCUCAGUUUUUGCAAGAUUCGUACUCUGUAGAGAUAAGCGAGAGCACACCUGCCGGGACUGAAAUUAUCCAGGUGGAUUCAACAGACAAGGAUCGGGGCGAUAAUGGAGUAGUCAAGUAUUCAAUUCUGGGAGGCACGGAUCACUUCGCCAUCAAUGAGAUAACUGGUGUGGUGACUGUGACAAAGCCAUUGGAUCGCGAGCUCCACCCAUUUUACAUCUUGAAGAUUGCAGCACGUGACCAGGCAGUGAACGAGCCUCAAUUAGUGUCCACGGUACCGCUCAAAAUCACCUUGGAAGAUGUAAAUGACAAUCCACCGAAAUUCGUUCCGCCCAAUUACCGUGUGAAAGUCAGGGAGGACCUUCCCAUCGGUACGGUGAUCAUGUGGCUGGAGGCUCAUGACCCCGACAUUGGACCUUCCAGUCAGGUACGAUACAGCCUCAUUGACAACGGAGAUGGGAAUUUUGAAGUCGACAAACUCAGCGGAGCGUUGCGGAUUGUUCAGAACCUAGAUUAUGAGACCAAGCAAGUUUAUAAUCUGACAGCGAAAGCUAAAGACAAAGGGAAGCCCAUAUCUUUGUCGUCCACCUGCUUCAUUGAGGUGGACGUGGUGGAUGUGAACGAGAACCUGUUCCGGCCUUUGUUCCGAUCAUUCGUCGAAAAGGGAUUUAUAAAAGAGGACGCACCUGUCGGGACGUCGGUGAUGACUGUAACGGCUGAAGACGAGGACAGAGGACGAGAUGGAGAGAUUCGAUAUUCCAUACGAGAGGGGUCUGGCCUGGGAAUAUUUUCCAUUGAUGAGGAAACUGGUGUCAUCCGGACGCAAGAGCUCCUGGACCACGAGACGACCCCUCACUACUGGCUGACGGUCUACGCGAUGGACCGCGGUGUGGUGCCGCUCUCUGCCUUCGUCGAGGUCUACAUCGAAGUUCAGGACGUCAACGACAACGCGCCGCAGACCUCCGAACCGGUCUACUACCCGUCCGUCAUGGAGAACUCGCCCAAAGACGUCUCAAUCAUCCAGAUAAACGCAGUGGAUCCAGACGCCAAGGCCAGCGAUAAGCUCACCUACAAGAUCACCAGCGGCAAUCCCCAGGGUUUCUUUGCCAUCAACGCCAGAACAGGUCUGGUGACGACCACUUCAAGGAGGCUGGACCGAGAGCAGCAAGAUGAGCACAUUCUCGAGGUCACCAUCACCGAUCACGGCGUUCCCGCCAAAUCCACCACGGUCCGCGUCAUCGUCCAGGUCCUCGACGACAACGACAACCGGCCCAUGUUCCUGGAGAAGAUCUACAAGAUCCGGCUCCCCGAGCGGGAGAGGCCCGAGAGGGAAAGGGCCAUGAAGAGAGACCCGGUGUAUCGGGUGAUUGCGUCAGACCGCGAUGAGGGACCCAACGCUGAGAUCUCUUACAGCAUCGAGGAAGGAGACGAACAUGGCAAGUUUUUCAUCGAGCCCAAGACGGGCCAGGUGUCGUCCAAGAAGUUCUCUGCUGCUGGAGAAUACGACAUCCUUACAAUUAAAGCGGUCGACAACGGACGCCCUCAGAAAACCUCCACUUGUCGUCUGCACAUCGAGUGGAUUGCCAAACCAGAAGUGCCGGCGGAUGCGGCUCCCCUGCUGUUUGAGGAGUCCCCCUUCACCUUUUCUGUAAUGGAAAACGACCCUGUGGCGCACAUGGUGGGCGUUGUCGCCACCGAAUCCUCCGAUGUUCCCGUGUGGUUUGAAAUUACAGGCGGCAUAGAGGAUACUGAGAUGUUUUACAUCCUUCAAAUGGCUUGUGACCACAACUGUACAGCAGAAGGUGGUAAUUAUGACAGCCGCUUUGACGUGGGCAAGGCCAGUGGAACCUUGAUUGUAGCGCGGCCCCUGGACGCCGAGCAGAAAUCAAAUUACAACUUGACGGUGGAAGCCACAGAUGGGACACGAACUGUCAGCACCCAGGUGCUCAUCCGUGUCAUCGACACCAACAACCACCGGCCGCAGUUUUCUCAGCAGGUGUAUGAGGUCAACGUCCCUGAGGACAGACCGGCGGGGACUGAGGUCCUGCAGAUCAGUGCCGUGGACAGAGACGAGAAGAACAAGCUGACCUUCACGCUCCUGAGCAGCACUGAUCCCUACAGCCUGAGGAAGUUCCGUCUCGACCCAGGAACUGGGACUCUGUACACCACCGAACAUCUGGACCACGAGACCAUGCACCGUCACGUCCUCACUGUCAUGGUUCGAGACCAGGACAUUCCAGUCAAGAGGAACCUUGUGCGGGUUAUUGUCAAUGUGGAUGACGCUAAUGACAAUGCACCCUGGUUUAUAAGCACACCUUACUCUGGCCGUGUGUUCGAAUCCGCCGCCAUAGGCUCGGCCGUGCUCCAGGUCACAGCUCGCGACAAGGACAAGGGUGUUAACGCAGAGAUUGUCUAUAGUAUCGAAUCAGGAAACGUUGCAAACUCCUUUGCUAUUGACCCUGUUCUUGGGACUGUAACAGUGGCCAAAGAGCUUGAUCGCAGCAGCAAGACAGCGUUCGAACUCACUGUCAAGGCAUCUGAUAGUGGACUACCCCCACUGUCCACUACAACCACUGUACACAUCGUGGUAACAGUUUCUGACAACGCAGCCCCCAGAUACACCGAGAAGGAGUUCUCUGCAGAAGUCAGUGAAUCGGCUCAUCCAGGAAGUUUCGUGAGCUCGGUCACAGCGGUCAGCCAGUCGUCCAUUUUCUAUCAGAUAAAAGGAGGCAACAUCAACAACGCCUUUGAUGUAAACCCAAACUCAGGAGUGGUUGUGACACAGCAAGCUUUAGAUUAUGAGACCACCCCUGAAUACAAGCUUAUCAUACAAGGCACCAACAUGGCAGGACUUUCCAGCAAUGCGACGCUUUUGAUCCAUAUAAAGGACGAGAAUGACAAUGCUCCAGUUUUUGACCAGAGGGAAUUCAAAGGAGUAAUCAGCGAGUCGGCCCCUGUCAACAGUAUUGUUCUGACCCGUGAAAACACCCCUUUUGUCAUUCAUGCCUCUGAUGCUGAUUGCGACCAAAAUGCCAUGCUCAUUUAUCAAAUUGUUGAACCUUUUGCGCAUAAUUAUUUCGCCAUCGACUCGAGCACCGGAGCCAUCAGAAUCACAACGCCUUUGGAUUAUGAACAGAGGAGUGCUUUCCGCUUCACAGUCCAGGUCCACGAUCUAGGAAUGCCGCGACUGUUUGCGGAGACAGCCGCCAAUGUUACCAUUGAAGUAAUUGAUGUUAAUGACUGCCCACCAGUUUUCAGCCAAGAGCUGUACGAGACAACCGUCAUUGUGCCAACAUAUAAAGGGGUAGAAGUCAUUCAAGUCAAUGCGACAGACUCAGACUCUGGGCCCAACUCUAAACUCCUCUUCUCCAUCUCUGAGGGAAAUAUUGGUGAUAAAUUUAAAAUGGAUCAAAUCACAGGCACAAUCUCCAUACAGAAUGUCACACAGCUCAGGAGUAGAUAUGAAUUGAAAGUUAGGGCAUCUGACGGUAGAUUUGCCACUGUUGCAACAGUGAAGAUCAAUGUGAAGGAAAACAAGGAGAGCAAGUUAAAGUUCACCCGCACAUCCUACAAAGCCUACAUCCAAGAGAAUUUGUCACAGAAGAAAACCCUCGCAGUCAUCGCUGCUGUUGGGAACCAGGUCAAUGAGCCUUUGUUCUAUAAGAUUUUGAAUCCUGACAGCAGGUUUGAGAUCAGCCGCACAUCUGGAGUUCUCUCAACCACUGGGAUCCCAUUCGAUCGUGAAGUGCAGGACACAUUUGAUGUUGUUGUUGAGGUCACCAAAGAAGAUAAAUCAGAAAAUGGGGCUCAUGUUUUAGUAACUGUGACUGUGGAAGAUGUAAAUGACAACAAGCCUAUGUUUGUGAACCUUCCCUAUCACGCCCUAGUCCAGAUGGAUGCAGAGGAAGGCCAGGUCAUACGGCAGGUCACGGCAGUAGACAAAGACUUGGGCCCAAAUGCAGCUAUCCUUUAUCAACUGAAGGAGCACCAGGACCACUUCCAAAUCAGCCCCUCUGGUGAAAUCUCACUCAAAAAGAAGUUCGAUAAAGAAUCACUAAACACAGACUAUGUCGUCGUCGUUAUUGCAAAGGAUAGCGGCGAUCCAGCUCUCUCGGCAGAAGUAGAAGUGCCAGUAACGGUGGUGAACAAAGCAAUGCCUGUGUUUGAGAAACCUUUUUACAGCAUCGAAAUCCCUGAAAACAUUCCAAUACACUCGCCCGUGCUUCAUGUGCAGGCCAAUGAUUCUGAAGGACCUCGUAUCGUGUAUACCAUCUCCGAGGGAGACCCUUUCAAGCAGUUCUCAAUCGAUUUCAACACGGGUGUCAUCCACGUGACUCAACCUUUGGACUUUGAGACGCACCCCGCCUAUAAGUUAAAUGUGAGAGCCACGGACUCUCUAACUGGAGCGCACGCCGAGGUGUUUGUGGAUAUCAUACUGGAAGAUAUAAAUGAUAAUGCCCCUGUGUUCUUGUCAAAGACCUACUACGCCAAUAUUUCUGAGGCCUGUGUUAUUGGAACAUCAGUUUUGCAGGUGGAUGCCAAAGAUUCUGAUACAGGUAAUAACCAGGAAGUGUUCUUCCAGUUGAUUGAGGAAAGAGGGAAGAGUUCUGAUUACUUUACCAUUGACCGUGACACGGGAAUAAUCUCAACAGCUCAAGUUCUUGACCAUGAAGAGAACCAGCAGCACAAUCUGAGAGUCCGGGUAGUAGACGGAGGAGUUCCAGCCCUCUCAAGUGAUGUCAUCGUGACAGUAGAUGUUACUGACCUGAAUGACAACGCUCCGGUGUUUAUAGAGCACACUUACCAAGCUACUGUCAGUGAAUUGGCCCCACGUGGACACUUUAUCAGCCAAGUCCAGGCAUCCGAUGCUGACAGCUCUGACAUAAAUAAGCUCGAGUUCUCAAUUUUAUCUGGAAAUGAAGAUCAGAACUUCGCCAUCAACAAACACACCGGCGCUAUUGUCAUUUCCAACCACCGCAGGCCACACAUGCAGCCUCUGUACAAUCUCAAUGUAUCAGUGUCAGACGGCGUGUUCAGAAGCUCAGCCCUUGUCACGGUCACAGUCAUGGGCGCCAACUUCCACAACCCCGCCUUCUCUCAGGACGACUAUUUGGUGGAACUCGUCGAAAACUCCCCUGCUGGUACCUUGGUGGGAGAAGCAAAGGCGACGGAUGACGACGAAGGCAUUUACGGGCAAAUAACAUACCAGAUUGUCAAUGACUUUGCAAAAGACAAAUUCUCUGUCAAUGAAAAUGGAGAAAUCUUCACUCUGGAGAGCCUUGACCGUGAAAACACAAUUGAGAAAGUAAUUCCUAUUUCUCUCAUAGCUAAAGACGGUGGUGGCAAAGUAGGCUUUUCUGUCGUCAAUGUCAUCCUCACCGAUGUCAAUGACAAUGCCCCACAGUUCAGGGCAGCUGAGUACAAAGCGACUAUCGCAUCCGAUGUCCCAAGGGGAACCUCUGUGGUUAAAAUUGCUGCUUCGGACAUGGAUGAAGGGAGCAAUGCCGACAUCCAGUAUCUACUCGAAACAGAUGUUGAAAAUGUGAAGGAGAGCUUUGAAAUCCACCCAACCUCUGGGGUCAUUGUCACCAAAGAAAGCCUCAUUGGGCUCGAAAAUGAGCUCUAUGCAUUCUUUGUGAGGGCGAAGGACACCGGGAAUCCACCCAAACAUUCGGUCGUACAGGUUUACAUCAGAAUUGUCUCCUCAGAUGCGCCAGUUCCCAAAUUUUCUGAACCGCAUUAUCGUUACACGAUUGCAGAGGACCUUCCCAUCGGGACGGAGAUAGACGUGAUUCAGGCCGAGAGUGAGCAGCCGGUCAUUUACAGCCUUGUGAGGGGGAACACUCCCGAGAGCAACGAGGAUGAAGUUUUCGUCAUAGAUCGUGACAGCGGUGCCUUGAAACUUCAGAAGAGUCUCGACCACGAGGCGACCAAGUGGUACCAACUGACUUUGCUGGCCCAGGCCAGUCAGGAGAGUUAUGAGAUGGUUGCAUCCGUAAACGUAAACAUCCAGGUGAAAGACAUCAACGACAACCAGCCUGUCUUCGAGUCGGACCCAUACGAGGCUGUUGUUGUGGAAAACCUUCCAAGCGGAACUCAGGUCAUUCAAGUCAAAGCCACCGACCACGACUCUGGAACCAACGGCCACGUCGUCUACAGCCUCGACCCCAAGGAGAACGCUCCGGAAAUCUCUGAGCUGUUCGCCGUUAACAGCGAGACCGGAUGGGUGACCACCUUAAAAGAGCUGGACCGGGAAAAAACGAGCAAAUACACAAUCGCCAUCCAAGCCACGGACCAGGGCGACAAAGUCCAACACGUCACUGGCACGAAGGUGGAGGUGACGGUGGCGGAUGUGAACGACAACCCGCCGCGCUUCACCGCAGAGAUCUACAAAGGCACAGUCAGCGAGGACGACCCUCCCCCCAGCGGGGUGAUAGCGAUCCUCAGCACCACAGAUGAUGAUUCUGAAGAUAUUAACAAACAAGUGAAUUACUUCAUCACGGGAGGGGACCCGCUCGGGCAAUUUGCCAUCGAACACAUUCAGAAUGAAUGGAAGGUCGCUGUCAGGAAGCCCCUGGACCGUGAAGAGAAGGACAAUUAUCUCCUCAACAUUACCGCCAGUGAUGGCAUCUUCACUGCCAAAGCCACGGUGGAGGUCAAGGUGCUGGAUGCCAAUGACAACAGCCCAGUGUGCGAAAAGUCUGUGUACAGUGAGCGUGUCCCAGAGGACUCCCCUGCUGGCAGGCUCAUUUUGCAGGUUUCUGCCACAGACGCCGACAUCCGCUCAAACGCCCAAAUCUCUUACGAGCUCCAGGGAGCUGGAUCCGAAUUGUUCGUCAUUGACUCCGACACAGGGGAGCUGAAGACCUUGCAGCCUCUGGACCGAGAGGAGCAGGACGAGCACAGGUUCAAAGUGCGGGCGGUGGACGGAGGCGGCCGGUACUGCGAGGCCGACAUCCACAUCGCCGUGAGCGACGUCAAUGACAACCCGCCGCAGUUUUCUGCCGACCCAUACACCGUCACGGUCUUCGAGAACACGGAGACGGGCACGUUUGUGGCAAAGCUGCAUGCGAAUGAUAUUGACACAGGUCUCAACAGUGACAUCCUCUACUCUCUGGUCAGUUCUGGCGAUGGAUUCUUCUCCAUCGACGAGCACACUGGUGUCAUGAGUCUGGAGCGCCCCCUGGACCGCGAGGUGCAGUCGGUGUACGAGCUGAAGGCCCGAGCCAGCGACCAGGGCUCCCCGCGCCUCUCUUCUCUGUGCCAGGUGGUGGUCUCCGUCUUGGACAUCAACGACAACCCCCCGGUGUUUGAGCACCGCGAAUACACGGCUACCCUGUCUGAGGAUGUGGCCGUGGGCACCCAAGUGCUCAGAGUGCAGGCGGCCAGCAGGGACGCCGACGCUAACGGGGAGAUCUCUUACAGCAUCAUCAGCGGGAACGAGCACGGCAUGUUCAGAGUGGACCCACGCACUGGCGACAUCUUUGUGAUCGAGCCGCUGGACUACGAGGUGUCCCACGAAUACUACAUCACCAUAGAGGCCACAGACGGCGGCUCACCGCCCCUCAGCGACAUGGCGACUGUAAACAUCAACCUCACUGAUGUCAAUGACAACCGACCCGUCUUCAGCCAGGAGAUUUACGCAGCCGUCAUCAGCGAGGACGCCGAGCUGGGGAAGACAGUGCUGGCGGUGAUUGCCGAGGACUCUGACGGACCCUCUCACGAUCACGUGCGGUACUCCAUUGUGGACGGGAACCAAGGCAGCCCCUUCACCAUUGAUCCAAUCAGAGGAGAGCUUAAAGUUGCUCGCCAGCUGGACAGAGAGAGAACAUCUGGGUACACUCUGAUGGUGGUAGCCUCGGACAACGGGGUGCCCCCUCUCUCCAGCAGUGCCAUGAUCAACAUCGACAUCUCGGACGUCAACGACAACCCGCCCCUUUUCUCCCAGGCCAACUACAGCCUCAUCAUCCAGGAGAAUCGACCAAAAGGCACAAGUGUUCUCCAGCUCACUGUAAGCGAUCGCGAUGCUUCUCACAACGGCCCACCGUUCACCUUUGCCAUCGUGGACGGGAACGAGGGCGAUGCUUUCCACAUCAAUCAGCAGGGAGCUCUAGUGGCUGUGGGGGCGCUGAAUAGGAAAAGCAAAGAACACUACCUACUUCAAGCUCAGGUGUCAGACAGCGGCAAACCUCAGCUCUCCUCCGCGGCCUUCAUCAGCGUGCGCGUGAUCGAAGAGAGCGUCUACCCUCCGGCCGUUCUCCCGCUGGACAUCUUCAUCUCCACCGCUGGUGACGAGUACCCCGGGGGAGUUCUGGGCAAGAUCCACGCCACCGACCAAGACAUCUACGACACCCUCACCUACAGCCUCGCGCCCUCGUCUUCGUCGCCCUCGGACGAGGAGGGCGCCCUGUUUUCGAUUUCAGCCUCCGACGGUAAAGUCAUCGCCCUGCGGCCGCUCGAUGUGGGUCACUACCCUCUUAAUGUGACGGUGACCGACGGACGCUUCACCACGCCCGCCGAUGUCACCGUGCAUGUCCGCCAGGCGGCCCGCCAGGCCCUGGACAACUCCAUUGCUGUGCGCUUCGCAAAUAUCGCCCCUGAGGAGUUUAUCGGGGAGUACUGGCGCAACUUCCAGCGAGCGUUGAGGAACAUCGCCGGAGUCCGGAGGAGCGAGGUUCAGUUGGUGAGCCUGCAGCCUUCAGAGCAAGGAGAUCUGGAUGUCCUGUUGGCGCUGGAGAGAUCUGGAAGCCCCUACCAGUCUCAGGAGGUGGUCUUCCGUAAGCUGAACUCCUCGGCGGCCGUGAUCGAGGAGAUGACCGGCGUCCGCCUCGUGCGCGUGGUGCAGAAGUUGUGCGCGGGACUUGACUGCCCGUUGCACUUCUGUGACGAGGUCAUCUCCCUGGAUAAAAACACCAUGUCCACCUACAGCACGGCGCGCCUCAGCUUCGUCACGCCACGAUACCUGAGGACCGCAACCUGCCAGUGCGAAGGUGGCAGCUGUCCCGUGUUGAACAACCUGUGUGAGAACAGCCCGUGUCCUGAGGGUAUGGAUUGCGUGGCCGAUCCUAGGGACACCGUCUACAGUUGUGUGUGUCCUGACACCAAAAAGGGCAAAUGCUCCGACGGCCACUCGCUGACAUUCAGUGGAAACGGAUACGUGAAAUACCACCUGAUGGAGAACGAGAACAAGGAGUUGAUGAGGCUGUCUCUGAGGCUCAGGACCUUCUCCAGCCAUGCUACCGUCAUGUACGCUAAAGGGACUGACUACAGCAUCCUCGAGAUCGUGAACGGCCGCCUGCAGUACAAGUUCGACUGCGGCAGCGGGCCCGGCCUCGUGUCGGUCCACAGCGCCCAGGUCAACGACGGGGAGUGGCACACGGUCUCGCUGGAAGUGGACGGCAACUACGCCAAGCUGGUCCUGGACCGGGUGCACGCCGCCUCGGGCACGGCGCCGGGCACCCUGCGCACCCUCAACCUCGACAACAGCAUCUACUUCGGCGGCCACGUGCGCCAGCACACCUCCCCCCGCCACGGGCGCAGCCUGCCCCUCACCAACGGGCUGCGCGGCUGCAUGGAGGCCAUCGCUCUCAACGGCCAGGAGCUGCCCCUCAACACCGCGGCUCGCCGGGCUCACGCUGUGCUGGAGGACAUCGUGGACGUGACUCCCGGCUGUGCGCUCGCGCCCGCUGAGAGCUGUUCCAGCAACCCCUGUACCAACGGAGGGAGCUGCACCUCGCUGCCUAAUGGAGGUUACUUCUGCAAGUGUCCUGCUUCUUUCAUGGGUGCACACUGUGAGAUCGCUAUAAGUCCUUGCGCGUCCAACCCCUGCCUGUACGGUGGCACGUGCGUCCCCCGCGCCGAUGACUUCUACUGCCAGUGCAGAGGGCAGUACUCAGGACAGAGGUGCCAGCUGGGGCCGUACUGCCGGGACAACCCUUGUAAGAACAGUGGAAAGUGUAUCGACAGCCUGGAUGGUCCUGUCUGCGAGUGCGAAGGAGGCUUCCAGGGAGACAGGUGUUCGAGCGACGUGGACGAGUGCAUCAAGAACCCGUGCGCCAACGGGGGCCAGUGCCAGAACACGUACGGCUCCUACAGGUGUAACUGCUCAGCGGGCUUCACCGGAAAGGUGUGCGAACUCGCCGCCGAGGUCUCUAGCGACCUAGUCACCACCCCCUGGAACAUCGGCUUAGAGGAGGUGAUCGGCAUCGUGGUGUUCGUGUUCAGCAUCUUCAUACUCGUCCUCCUCUUCAUCAUCAUCCGCAAGAGGGCCUGCCGCAGGUCAAAGGCCAACGGCGACGACAAACACCCCGGGGGUUCAAACAUGCCUCACUCCUUUCUCCAGAGGCCGUACUUCGACGCCAAGCUCAACAAGAACAUCUACUCGGACAUCCCUCCUCAGGUGCCGGUGCGCCCCAUCUCCUACACUCCCAGCAUUCCCAGCGACUCGCGGAACAACCUAGACAGGAACUCCUUCGAGGGCUCGACUAUCCCAGAGCACCCCGAGUUCAGCACGUUCAACCCGGACUCUGUGCACGGACACCGCAAAACGGUGGCCGUGUGCAGCGUGGCGCCCAACCUCCCCCCUCCCCCUCCCUCCAACUCCGUCUCAGACAGCGACUCCAUCCAGAAGCCGAACUGGGACUACGACUAUGACGCUAAAGUGGUGGACUUGGACCUGACCAAGAAGCCUGUAGAGGACAGCGCCUGUCACCCGUACAACACCAGAGGCAGCAUGUCUGAGGUCCACUCCCUCAGCUCCUUCCAGUCGGAGUCCUGUGACGAUAACGAGUCUUUUUUGGCUCAUGAUCUCAAGAACCCAAGAGGAUACCACUGGGACACAUCUGAUUGGAUGCCAAGUGUUCAACUUCCUGGAAUCCAGGAGUUUCCACAGUAUGAGGUUGUGGAGUCACCCGCCCCUUUGUACAGCGACCCGAACGCCAUCGACACCGACUAUUACCCCGGCGGCUUUGACAUUGAGAGCGAUUUCCCUCCGCCGCCGGAGGACUUCCCCGCGAACGACGACCUGCCGCCUCCACCUUUGCCAGAGUACACCGACACGCUGCGCCCCCUCGGCAGAGACUUGGACGCGCCCGUGUCCGGCCCGGGCAGCCCGGGCGUGAUCCGCCAGCGUCCGGCUCUGCCCCAGCUCUACAGCCUUAACCAGUACCUGCCGCAGCACUCGUACCCGAGCGACGGGGGCGACGCCGAGGGCCAGGGAGCCGCUUCCGCCACCGUCACCCCGGUUUCCACCAUCGGCGCCGGCGGUUACAGAGGGGGCUACCCUUUAGGCUGCAGUCGGGACUUUGACUCCUCAGCUCUGGACAGCAUGUCCAUGUCUCUGUACACGUCCACAGCCUCUUGCUCGGACAUGUCAGCGUGCUGCGAGGAGUCCGAGGUGAUGAUAAGCGACUAUGAGAGCGGUGAUGAGGGCCACUUUGAACGACUGGCCAUCCCGGCGCUGGACUCCCAACAGCACACUGAAGUCUGACACUGGAUCCAAACAAAAGUGCCUGAAGCCACAGCUACACCUUAUGUUCUCCCUCGACGCACCGCCCACACUAAACACGCACAGUAUGUGGACACACGGUACGACCCCACGAUCACACACACACACACACACACACACACACACACACACACACACACACACACACACACACACACACACACACACACACACACAGUGCCUUGUUAAAGUAUUCACCCACCCCCGGUGUUUUUCCCACAGCAUCAUGUUCAUCAUGGGGCGAUGGGAGGAGUUUCUCAUGAGCACCAAAUUAAAACAAUAAAAACUCUAAAAAAAAAAAAAUAAAAAUAAAUUUACAACAAGAAUAAAUCUGCACAAUCGUUUUCUAUUUUAACCCGUGAUUUGCUGAUCGCAUCAGUUUUUCCAUUACUCUCACCUCUGCUGCUCCUUCAGUCUUACCUUCUUUGUUGAGCCUUCUUUCUGCGGGUGUGGGUGGGUGGCCUGCUUUUGUCAGAUUUGUAGAGAUGCCUUUUUUUUUUCUUUUUCUUUUUUUUAAAUCGUGGAUUUAGUGGCGCUUCAAGGGGAGUUUUGAGUUGUUAGAACCCAGGUUUGAUCCGUCGUUCUCCUUGGUCCUAGCGGUGCCUUUCAGAUCACGUGACAGGUUGAUUGCACACAGGUUGACUUCUAUCAGCUAAUUACAGACGGCUGCACCAGAUCUUAUUUAGAGCGGGUGAAUACACGUUAACUCAGAGGUGAAACACUGAGGAGAGUGACUCAUUUUUGCAAGGCACUGCACAUGCACACUGACACAAACAAGGAAUUGAGUAAAAAAAAAAAAAAAACACACAGGGGUUGUUGAGACUGGUUGGGAAGGCCAUUCGGCUGAGACGACGCGAAGAAGCUACUCGAGGCUUCUUCGCCUCCAUCUCAGUCCAACUCCUGCCCCUUUGAGUUGGCGGUGCCAUUGCUUUAAGUAACUGUCAUCAUAGUGGAUUGUGAGAAGGAUCAACAUUUCAAUGUAACAGGAAAAGCAUCAUGAAAAAAAAAAGAAUAUUUCAUGAACAGUAUCUUUUGUUUCUAUUAACAAAAAUCAAGCAAAAUGUUUUUAUACAAGUCCUCAUUUUCAAUGUAAAUGUAAAUGUACAGUUUUGAUUUCAAAGUUUACUAGGUUUUGUAGAUAUUCUAUGCUUUUAUUUUCAAAAAAAGAGUUAAAUGGUGUGACAUUAUCAGCCUUACUGUGCUUACAUUCACUAAGAAAAAAUAAACAUGUAAAAAAAAAAGAGAAGAGCGUGGCUUUUCUGAACACAGUGUACUCGUAAAGUUUAUUGUCUCUUGCUCAUUUCAAAAAGGGUCUUCAAUGAACGACUGCAUAUUCUUGUGUUGUUGUUUUUUUGUUUUGUUUUGUUUUGUUUUUUUAGUUUGUUUGUACAUUUUGACUUUGGAACCUCUUUAUUUUUCCACCAAGAAAAUGGGACCCAAUAUAUUUAUAGUGCAGAGUUAUCCAUGGACACGUGACUUUUUCAGGUGUCUGUGUGUGUCUGAGCAAUGCUAUGGUCUUGUUAAGGUUUUUAUUGAAUACUGCCACAAGCUCACGCUUUCCUACUGGCAAUAAAUUAUUCCUAAAAAAUA